GUGGAUGCUCAAGCGCUCAACACUACAGUGACGGAGCAGUGCCGACUACAGGUCCCGCGAGUCAACACCAGGAAGAGGAGUUUGGCGUCUUGAUGUUUUGCCGGAAAUUUUGAACAGCACAUUGGGUAUUUCCUAAGGCAGGAAACGUGCGGCGCAAUGUCAAUGAGCGUGGUGAAUUCCAUGCUUUCUGCCCUGAAAGCCUGUCAGAACGAUAUCGGCACAGGGAUGGACAUCGUCACAGAAGUGGCUCUCGACCUGGUAGAAACUGAAGGAAAUGAAGAGGACAUCAAGGAACUGGAGGAGAUGAUGCUGGACUCUGCCAAACUGGACAGAGAGAUUAAUUGCUUUGUUGAAGCUGUGGAGCAGAUGACUGCACAGGCCAGGCAGCAGCCGCCAGAGGCCAUGUUCACCCUGAAAAACCAGGUGAAGGAGCAUUUCGCCAGGCUUCAGGAAAGGUUCUCCGACUCAGACCUGCACAGGCACAGUAAAGUGGUGAGCUUCAACGAGAGCGUCAGGAAUUCACGGACUCAAGCUAACCCCUCUGCCACCGAGAACAGGGAGGAGGACCUGGAUGAGGACAUCCAGGUGACGCAGAGCCAAGUGAACUUCACCUGUCCCCUCACUCAGGUGGAGAUGGUCAAUCCAGUGAAAAAUAAGAAGUGCAACCACUACUAUGACUAUGAGGCUGUGCUGGGCAUGAUCAGGAGCAAAGUAAUCCAGAAGAAAAACUUACGCUGUCCGGUGGUUGGCUGUGGGAACACGAACGUGAAGGAGUCGGACCUGGUAAAGGACGCAGCCAUGAAGAGGAUGAUCCAGAACAAAAGUGGUAUGAAGAAGUGAGCCAGACGCAAGCCCCCCUCCCCACAAAAAAACAAGCAGGCAGGGACUCAGAAAGACAUCACAAAUGGAUGUUCUUGAUUCAACGUUCAGACACAUAAUCGGUUUGGGCCAAGACUAGUUUUUGUCAACCUUUGUGAAUGUCUUUAUGUUCAGUCACUCAAAGGCCCAGCAGAAGUGUGUCACCUGCUGUACCUCACUCUGAGACACAAACUUUUUUUAGACUUCCUAUUUUUAUUUGUACCCUUGGCUUUUGACUUUGUUCUAAUAAAUGCUGUUAUUUAUA